CGUCCCUUCUCCCUCCGCUUGCGUCCGCAGAUGAGCUAUUUGGAGCAAGGGGAAGAAUGCGCUACAGACAUCUGCAAAGGAUGCAUUCCGGGUUUUGUACAAAUUUGUGAUCGCAAUCACCCAAAUGGAAGAAACAAAGGAGAGCUUCAAGAUUGCCGAGAGGCUGACGCUCGGUAUCACUCGGAUACUUGAGAACAUGCCUGGGGUGGUGGAUGUGCGUUUCGCAGAAAGAGAGCCUGCAGAGAAGAGGAGUUUGCUGUCAUGGGAGCAGAAAAACACGUGUAUAUUACCAGAGGACCUGAGAGACUUCUAUCUGACAACUGAUGGCUUUACACUAACAUGGAGCGUUAAACUAGACACCCUCACUGUGUGGAUGUGCUGUCUUGCAGGUGAGUGUGUUCCCUUAGGAUGCAUGAUGAUUAAUAGUGUGGCCAGACUGUGCCCGCUGCUCCAGCCCGUGUCACUCUUCUCUCUGCCCAACGCGCCCUCACUCGCUGACCUAGACUGGGAGGAGAGCGGCACGGAAAGUGGGUCGGCGCGUGUGCCCGUCGCACCUCAUUUCGACUCCCGGAGCCGCAUCUUCGAGCUGGAUUCCUGUGGUGGGAAUGGCAAAGUGUGCCUAGUCUACAAAAAUUGCACUCCAGGUGUGGUUGCUCAGAGGAGUGAAAUAUGGUUUCUAGACCGCUCUCUGUGCUGGCAUUUUCUGACCACAACCUUUACCUCUUACUACCGACUGAUGAUAACCCACUUGGGUCUGCCUGAGUGGCAGUAUCACUUCACCCCAUAUGGCCCCAGCCCUCAGGCUAAGCAGUGGGCAUCCCUCUACCAGCCUCUGACUUUCAACUGUGAGCUCAGUUUGGCGGAUCCUGCUGGGGAUUUAUAUCUGAACAAGCUGGAUCCUUCCAAGGCUUUCAAAGGCAAAGCCAAGGUCCCAGCCCCCAAGAAGAAGCAGUCGACACAGUGCAACUCAGGGGGCGCAGCCAAGGGCCAAAGCAAUGCAGGAAGACAAAGUGGAACAAAGCGGUGAGAAGGUACCCGUACGAUGAAGACAUUUCUACUAAAGACACCUUAACUGUCAGCAUGACCAAAUGUCUCCAGUUCCCUCAGGAGCUGGACUCAGUUUGUUGGACUUGGUGCUGUUUGACAUGUUUGCAAACUGAGUUGAUAUGUAGCCAGGGUUGUUGCUGGCUAGACACAUUGGAAAGGUGAUACAGAUAUAGUACUAAAAAUGUUGAAGGCAAAAAAUAUUUCUAAACUUUAUAUGUUUGAGGACACGAUGGCAAUUUCCAUCACACCUGGCUUAGAUGGUUAAAAUGAAUCCCCCUCACAUGUAGAAAGACACAAUCCAGAGAAAUUAGUCUUUGAAUUAACAGAGAGUUGUAUCAGUGUAUAUUCAGUACUUAUAAACUCAUUUAAUGUAAUGUCCACUACUGACAGCUUAUGGUUAAAAAAAUCAUAUAAAAUCAAAGCAGCCAGAUGUACAAUAUAACUGUACGACUGCUGUAACCAGAACCAGAGUUUAUAAGUGCUGCUGUUUUCACUGGGCUUGAUUUGCUCAUUUCUGAAUGUAUUAUGUAAAUUCUAUAUGCAGCAUGUAAUAAUGUAAAGUGCAGAAAUGGCUAGAUAACACAUCUCUUUAUAUUAAUAACUUUAAACUUGAGGAAACAAGAAGACUUAAUGUAAUGCUGUGUAGCUCACACCCUAUAUGUAUUGAUAAUACGAACAGGUAAUUGACAGGUUGAAAACUAAUGUAUAGGACUCAACAGAUGCUUUUAGAGCUUCAUUAUCAAACAUUAAACCACAUAAGUGUGAAGACAAACCUAAAGGGUGACCUGUCACAUUAUAAAAGGACUACUCACUGGCCAUUGUACUACUGCAGUGCCUCAUGAAUGCUGCUCUGUAAUGUAAACGUCAUAAAUGAACACUGUUUCUAACACAGAUUAUUCAUCAUGAGUGAAUGAAUAUCGAAGGUAUAUUUUAGCAGUUCAGGGCCACAGUUGUACAGCGGUUAGCACUGUCACCUCACAGCGAGGAAGGUCUCUGCGUUCAAAUCCACAGAGUUUGCAUGUUCUCCUGUGCCUGUGCGAGUUCUCACCAGUAACUCUUGCUUCUUCCACAGACAUUCACAUCAGAUUAUCUGGUGACUCUAAACUGGCUAUAGGUUGUGAAUGAUUAUCUUGUGUCUGCUUCACAUGAUUCAUACUUUGUUAAGUCUUCGCUACAGGUAUGUCAAAACAACAAACCUCUAUGAAAGCCAACAACGUAGUGCUUGCCCUAACCUUAAUAAGCAACUAUACAUCGCACCAGAAUUAUGAUUGGUCCAUUUAGUACCACUGAUUCCUCUUAUGCAUGUCUGGCUACUUUUUUGUUCCUGGCACUGAAUCUAAUAGAUCGGGACAUGAUCACACAUACCACGCACAAGCUUGAAUACCCGCAACAACAUCAACCUCGUACAUAGGUAAUCCCUGUAGACCCUACAAAGAAUCACCAGAGAAGUUUAAUUCAGCCAAUACCCCUGCCACAGACCCCACCUACUGAUUCUAAAUUGGGUAACCGCUUAACAAAAUGGCUCUUGUAACACAAGUAUAAAGCUCAGUACACCCGAUCUCACAUCUACAGUUUUGGUUCAAGUACUUUGGAGAAGCAGAAGAUAUGUACUUUUUGUCUGUAGGCUGCUGUGCACAAGAAUGCUAGAAAGAAAAAUGUCUGUAUUUGGUUUUGCCGCUGUCCUUUCAAGCAGUGAGGAGUCAUCUCCUACUGUGUGUUUGAUUUUCAAAAAGAUAUAUGAUCUUUGCUGUAGUGUGUGGGGGCUGUUUGCUUCUCUUUGCAUACCCUUAAGUUUUUCCACAGUUGUGGAAGUAGUCCCAUGUUGAGUGUUAAAGUGAAUGAUAUUUAUGAUGUCUUCUAAGGUUACAUCAGCUGCUAUUGCAGUAAUAAAAACAGCAUGAGUGAGCAAGUGUGGUUUUGUCAAUUUUUCAUCUCUAAAGUGACCCUAUGUUUGUCUUAAACCUUUUUAUUGUAGCGUAUAGUAACGAGCACAGUGAGUCAAAAUGUCUAAUAGUGUAUAUUUUAUAUGUAUUGUAGUCUAUCAUUUACAAUAACUCUAGAAGAAUAAGUCAGGGAUGGGCAA